AUGUGUGGAGCUUGUAGGAUUUGUGGAACUGAAGUCACCUUCUCUUGGGAUAUAAAGCCAGACAACUUCCUUAUUGGUUUAGGGAGGCGUGCUAAUCAGGUCUAUGCUAUUGAUUUCAGGCUAGCCAAGAAAUAUAGAGACUCUUCAACUCAUCAGCACAUUCCAUAUAGAGAGAACAAGAAUUUGAUAGGGACAACUAGAUAUGCAAACAUGAACCCAAGCCUGAUGAAACAUAAGAGAAGUAACAUUGUUGGGUUACCAGUUUCAAUACUUCUAUUGAAGGAAGAUGUAACAGUUACUGUUGUUCAUCCGCGUACAGAGGAUCUAGAAAGUAUGAUUCAUGAGGCAGACAUUUUUAUUGCUGCUAUUGGACAACCCAUGAUGGGUAGUUGGAUAAAAGUGGGGUUGUGGUUAUUGAUGUGGGGACGAAUGUGGUCAAUGAUGCUACCAGAAAAUCAGGAUAUAGGCCUCUGGCUUGAAGAUGGGGACAUUAUCUGCUUCCAAAAACCUCUCAAGGGCGGAACUAUAAAAAACCGCUAUCAAGAUGUUCCAUUUUUUCUGGAAUAUGUUCAUAAUCAUCAGGUUGUACACUUUCGUUCACCCGAGAAACCAGAAGAGGAUCAGUUCUCAUUGGAACUAUAA